AUGCAGUCCUGGAAUCCGGCCGCUUUGCUGCAGCCCGGUCGUCGUCAGCCUAAUAAUAGUCGCCUCGGCACACCGUCUUCAAAUCCUGCGUCACCUGUCCCUUCAGCACUGCGGGAUCGAGCUGAUUCCGAAUCCAGCGCUAGUAAUACACUCUUCCACUUUGCUACGCCCGCGGACAGUGCGUCGGAUAUUCCCAGCGGCCCUUCAACGCCUGGUAGCAUAACGCCUGUAUCCGGCGCUGGCUCGUGGAUUGAACGCGUCAACAAUGUCCAGGCGCGGUCCGCUAUCCCGCAAGCUAAGCGAAGAAAGGUUGACGAAGUUGGUAUUGAUGGAACUCCCACCUCCAUACCUACUAGAGCUGGUGGAGGCGGCCUCGGAGACUAUGUCCGAGACCAGCAGCAGCAGUCCAAUGGCAUUGUCGCCACUCAGGCCAUGAUGGUCGACCUGACAGCUGGCACCGAUGACGAAGUACAGGAAAUUAGUGAUCCCAAGGACGAAGAAGUUUGCUACGGCAUGAUUAAGUCGUACCUAAACUGUACUCGAGUUCCGUCACCGAAGCCUGGAACGCAAAGUCUCUUCGGCGCCGGCUAUAUCCCGCCAAUCAAGAUUAACCUCAAACGAGCUGCAGGCGAUCAGACUCUCAAGAUCCCAGCUUCCGACUUCACCCGUGAAAUCAUCGGUCACGUCGUUCCGGUAACUGCUGGUGCUCUGAGUCCACUACUGGAUAGCAACCUGCGGCUCCGAACUGAAUGUCGCAUUCCAUCCCAACCUCGCAAGCCUGGUGAGGAAUCGGGUGCUCCAACAUCACGGGCAUAUAGUUUUGAGAUUGUUCUCUACGGUCCGCUGAAAUAUGCAAAGAACAUCGGAGUUCACCUCAAGAGAAGUAACCAGCAGCUCGUGGCACCUCACAUGGUCCAAAAAGGAAUUCGUGUCUCGAAUCCUCAUGUGAGCGAGUAUAGACCACCCGCUCCCCGAACAUAUUCUUCGUCCGGCGCCAAUGCACAAGCGCUCCCCAGUACCCUGUCGAUGCGUACUGUCGAGGAAGUACGAUCCGAAGUGCUGGGUGUUUUCGACUCAAUGACAAAGAGCGAAGACUUACCUAUUAUGGACCCGAGCGACAUUAUUACCACGCCGCUGCUGAGGCAUCAGAGGCAGGGCCUUUACUUCAUGAUGACGCGCGAGGCCUCCGACACUGAAGGUGAAAAUAGGCGGGGUCUGGUGUCUUUCUGGCAGACGAAGCUCGGACCCAACGGCCAGAAGCUCUAUUUCAACGUCAUCACGGGCCAUCAGCAAAAGUUGCCCCCACCAGAAACCAAAGGCGGCAUCCUAGCCGACAUGAUGGGACUCGGCAAAACUCUCAGUAUUCUGUCGCUCUUGGCAACUACCACAGAGGAUGCUCAGCACUGGGAGACGAAACCGCCAGUUCAGCCUGCUCCCGUGGAUCCCAAAACUGUUACCCGAAGUGAUCUAUUAGGCGUUAACCAACCGUUACUUGGGUUGACAACCGUGACUAGAAACUCAAGAGCUACCUUGAUCGUGUGUCCUCUAAGCACAGUCACCAAUUGGGAAGAGCAAGUGAAGCAGCACAUUAAGCCAGGGGCUUUGAACGUUCACAUCUAUCACGGCCCAAGCCGCAUCAGAGAUGCAGCAAGGCUUGCUUCCUUUGACGUUGUCAUCACUACUUAUGGCUCAGUCUCGAACGAGUUGAGCUCUCGGAAGAGAGGAAAGCAGGGCCAGUAUCCGUUGGAAGAAAUCGGCUGGUUUCGAAUCGUUCUCGAUGAAGCCCAUAUGAUUCGCGAGCAAAGCACAGUUCAGUUCAAAGCCAUUUGUCGCCUGCAGUCGGAAAGAAAGUGGGCUGUCACUGGUACGCCUGUGCAAAACCGGCUGGACGAUCUUGCCGCCCUGCUUGCCUUUUUGCGCCUUCAUCCAUUCCAUGAAAGGAGCAAAUUCCAUCGUUUUAUUGUGGAGCCUUUCAAGGUCUGCGAUCCUGAGAUUGUCCCAAAGCUGCGUAUACUCGUCGAUACGAUCACCCUCAGGAGACUCAAGGAUAAGAUCGAUUUGCCUCCUCGCCAAGAUCUUGUCGUCAAGCUUGACUUCUCGCCAGAAGAACGCACCGUUUACGAAAUGUUUGCACGAAACGCCCAAGAUCGCGUGAGAGUGCUUGCCGGUACGCGUGAUAAGGGACUCGGCGGCAACACCUAUAUCCACAUCCUCAAAGCCAUUCUGAGACUGCGACUGCUUUGUGCUCACGGCAAAGACCUUUUGAAUGAAUCAGAUAUAACUGCUCUUGCCGGCAUGUCUGCUGAGAUGGCCAUCACAAUUGAUGAUGAAGAUGAGGAUGGGCCGGCUCUUUCCCAUCAAAAGGCGCACGAAAUGUUUACUCUCAUGCAAGAUACGAAUAACGAUGCUUGCAUUGAGUGUAGCAAGAAGCUUGCAGCUAAUGAUGACUCUAUGGAAAAUGAGUCACAGGGAGAUAUCCUUGGUUACAUGACACCAUGUUUUCACGUCAUUUGUCGCGCUUGCAGUCGCAGCUUCAAGGAGCGCGUCAAAUCUAGCGUUCCCCUUGGUUAUACUGCUGGUCCUUGCCCCGUAUGCAAUAGUCAUAUUCGCUUUGACUUUGUCGAGCUGCGACGAGAAGACGUCGAAGCUGAGCAUGAUGGUCCUAGCCACAAAGCAAGCCGUGGCCCUAAGCAGACUGACGGCUACGACGGUCCACAUACAAAGACAAAGGCCCUUCUCGAAGAUCUUCUGAAGUCGGAGGCGGCCACCAGGGCCAACCCCUCAGAGCCACCUUACAAGUCCGUGGUGUUUUCUGGCUGGACAUCGCAUCUGGAUUUGAUUGAACUUGCGUUGAAGGCUGCUGGCAUCUCCUUCACUCGGCUCGACGGAUCCAUGUCCCGCGUGGCUCGCACAGCAGCCAUGGACAAGUUCCGCGAGGAUGACAAUAUCCACGUCAUUCUCGUAUCAAUUAUGGCCGGUGGUCUUGGUCUCAACUUGACUUCUGGCAACAGCGUAUACGUUAUGGAACCACAGUUCAACCCGGCGGCCGAAGCGCAAGCUAUCGAUCGCGUCCACCGUCUGGGUCAAAAGCGACCAGUCAAGACGGUUCGCUACAUCAUGCGCAACAGCUUCGAAGAGAAAAUGGUUGAGCUACAGGAUAAAAAGACCAAGCUUGCUAACCUCAGCAUGGACAGCCAAAACCGGUCUCUUGACAAGGCUGAAUCGGCUAGGCAGAAGCUCAUGGACAUUCGCAGCCUUUUCAAGUAA